GUCGCGCACACAACUCAAAAAAAUGAUUUCUUGGAACUUUUAUGAGUCGUGGGUGGUUCAAAAUUGGCAAUAUUCCGUUCCGACGUUGGCUUUUGCGCUCGUUUUGUGGAAAGUUUUGUCUUAUCAAGCGCCGCAGUUCGAAGAAUGUGACGAAGAAGUGACCAAAGUGGCUCCCCAAAAUCAAACGAAGAAGAAAUUAAGCGAAGAGGAGUACAUUGGCGAAUUUCAGGACGACUCUUAUGACGAAGUUGACACCCCUGCGUUGGAAGAAAAGCCUCACAUCCCAUUUUACGGAGCUACGGUCAUCUUGGAUUCGGAUCCGACGAAAUUUUAUGAGAUCAUGAACGAUCGCCGGAGUGUCAGGAUGUUCAGUGAUCGCCCAAUUGACUAUGAAAUCAUUGAAAAAUGCGUUCAAACUGCCGCUACAAGUCCUUCGGGAGCUCAUACCGAGCCAUGGACCUUUUGUGUGGUCCAAGAUGCGCUCCUAAAGGCUCAGAUACGCGACAUUAUCGAGUCCGAAGAACUUGAAAACUACGAAAGACGCAUGUCGCGAAGAUGGGUCACAGAUUUGAAGCCGCUAAAGACGAAUUUCGUGAAGGAAUAUCUCACGACGGCACCUUAUUUGAUCCUAAUCUUCAAACAAACGUACGGAAUGAUGGAAAAUGGCAGGAAAAAGCAACAUUAUUACAAUGAAAUAUCAGUUUCGAUUGCGACAGGCAUCUUACUUUGUGCCUUACAAGCAGCAGGAUUGAGUUCAUUGGUGACAACUCCCCUAAAUUGUGGUCCCGCAUUAUCGAAUUUGCUCAAAAGACCGAAAAAUGAGAAACUUUUGGUACUUUUGCCGGUUGGAUAUGCCGCGGAUGACUGCACAAUCCCAGAUUUGACGCGAAAAUCCAUCGAUGAGGUCCUAGUUAAAUAUUAA